GAAAGGAGGAAAACGAAAGCGAACGGAUGUAGCAAACUUUCAUCCGACACAAAGACAGAAUGGACACGCGCCACUUGCUCAGUGACCAAGAUGAACCAGACAAGGUACAAGAAAACUUCAUUGUAAAUAAAGAGGUUGGACCUACAGCGCCGCCUGCCUAUGAAGUCACCCAUCUCACUGGAAACAAUGCAGGCGCUGGCAAAGUUCUGCCAACGUCAUACACAGACAACCCUGUUCCAUCCACUGGAGCCCAUGCACCACACUGGGAGAUCCCCUCCAUCAGUGAGGAGCUGGCCAGAGAGGCUCUGGCUGAGUAUGUGGCCAGCAGAUGCUGCUACAGCCGCAAGCCAGCCAAGGAGAUGGUCUUCUCAGACCUGCAUGCCCUCAACACUUACAGGUAUUGCUUAGACACCUUCACAGAAUCCAGAACUACUGAGUGGGCUAGUGAGCCCUAUUGCGGUCAGGUGCUGGAGGCCCCCGGUGCUGUGGCCUUGGGACCAUGGGACCUGCCCGUGCCCAUCCCUGCCAUGUUCCAGGAUGGCCAGAAGGACGUUCGUAUGCCCCAUUCAUCCUCUGUGAAGGGAUGUAACCAGUGCAUGACUUUGGGAAAAUCCCCUUGUAACAAAUGUAUCACAUCCGGACGGGUUCAGUGUGGUAGGUGCCAUGGAUCAGGGCGUGAUCAGCAAGGGGGCAGUGAACACAGGUGCUCAGACUGCAGAGGAUCGGGACUAGUCAAGUGCAGGGUGUGUUCAGGCGUGGGGUCACUGCAGUGUCCCAUCUGUCAAGGCAAAGGGCAGCUCCUGUGCUUCCUUAAACUCACAGUCAAAUGGAAGAACCACAGCAGUGUGCAUGUGGUGGACAAGCGCUCUGGCUUCCCUGUGGAGAUGCUACAGGAGGUAGCGGGGGAGAUGCUCUUCACUGACAUGAACCAACGGGUGUACCCAGUGGAGAGUUUCCCAGAUGGAGCAGUGAACACUGCCUCCAAGAGAGCUGUGCAGGAGCACCAUUCCCAGUUCUCCACCACCUGUCGCAUCCUCCAACAGAGACAAACCAUUGAGCUCAUUCCAGUGACAAGAGUACACUUCACCUGGAGGGAGAAAACCCACAUCUAUUUUGUGUACGGUGCCGAACACAAGGUUUACGCCAAAGAUUACCCAGCAAAAUGCUGCUGUGUCAUCGCCUGAACUGAAGACAAUAAUGAUAUACGUACAAUGGGGAGAGUUUAUAGGGGUGGUGGAAAUGUAUGUAGCCUACCUAUUUCUACACUGUGGUGAGGGGUGCUGGCUGCAUAGCCUAUAUGUCUUCAUAGGCCAGCACUUAUAGAUUGCACUGUUACAAAUCUGCACUGUUGAAACUUUAUAUAGGCCUAGCCCUAAUCUAGCCUAUAUCAAAAGAUAUCAAAAAAGUAAAAUACACUCAUAUGGUACAGUAGCCUAAUAUCACUCCGUGUAGUAGGCUUGGUAGAGGUAGAAUUAGGUCUGCUUCAGUAAUUAGGCUUCAGUAUUAUGUUGUAAGUUACUUUCCAUGCUUCCAUAGUCCACUUGACAAUAAAAUAAUC